AUGUCACAAUCAACAAACCUAUUUGGCACUCAAACUGCACGACAACCAUUCAUGUUCACUGCUAGUACACAAAACACACCACCUACAGGUUUAUUUCGCAAUCCACCAGUCUCAAAUACUCCUGUCAAUUUUACAUCUUCAUAUUUUAACGGUGCAUCUAAUUUUGGUAUGCAGCAAGCAGUACCAGCUACAAACUCAACAUUUCCCAUUGCUUCAAAAACAACUCAAUUAACGUUUAACUCUGGUCUGUUACCUACUCAAGCAACAUCCAUUAAUUCGAAUGCUUCUAUAUCAACAGCGCCAAACAUAUUUACAACUGCAACUUCUAUGAAGCCUAAUGCAUCAGACAGCUUAUUCAAUAAACCAUUAUCAGACACAACAGGAACAUCAAUGCCUUUCUUUGCAUUUAAUGCCAAUACAGUAUCAACGAAAAAUAAUUCUGCGCAACCAAAUUCAACAAAUACUGGUGUAUUUAGUAUUAAAAAAUCCGAAACACCAGUCCCAUUUAAAUUUGAACCUCAACCAACUCCAGGUACGGGCAUAUCUUUACAACCAGCAACAAAACCAUUACAUAGUAACACUGAGCAAACUACUGUAACAAAUUUCUUUGCUGCUCCAACUUCAAUAGCAGCAUCAAACGCGACAAAUAUGUUUAGCACUCCUACUACAGCAAUAACUACGUUCAACUUAAAUCCAUCAUUAGUGACUACUUCAGCUGGCACACAAGUACAGUCAGAUGUGAUAUCAAGUUCAUCAGCAACAAUAUCUCAAAUAACAAGACAAGAACAAACCACUGAGCGACCAAUGUCAAUGAUUCACCAGCAGUUUAUUGCUGUAUCACUUCUAGAUCCAUAUGCUAAUCGUGGAAGAAAAGAUUUUUCUAACAUGGAUUCAAUCCAAAAACAUGUAGAACCUGCUUUAGUUCCAAAGGUACCUACAACAACAACUAUUACGGCAACAGUACCAACACCCAUACCGCUUAUACUUCCUAUACAAACAAAUUCUCGAAAAGGAUCAUCAGCUCAUUCAUUAGUUGAUGUUAAUUUUAAAUUAAAACCUGUUACAUCAAUAUCAUCAUCAUCAUCAUUAACCCAAAAUGAUACUAUAAAGACAGUCACUCAACAAUCGAUUUUAUCAACCGAACCAUUGAAAAGUACGUUUACUGAUGAAGAAGAACUUGUUUUACUUGGUCGAACUAAAAUAUCGAAAUUACGCCUAGCCAAUGUUAUUAGUGCUUCAACGUAUCAAACUAAUUAUAUCCCUUCACUCUAUCCUGUAAGAUGUCUAGCUGAUCUUGAAAACUUCACCAAUAUAACGUCACCAUCAUCAAGAAUCAAGAAUCAACAAAUCUCACAUUCGCUCACUGAAAAUUAUGAUAUAUCACCUAAUCAACAGCAAACUGCAUCUAUUAUUUCCCAACGACCAUUAUCUCCAAUAACUUCAUGUAGAUCAAAUAAUGAUUUUCAAACUUAUCGUUUACCGAUUUUAACUCGUGAUAAUUAUUACAUGAAACCAACUAUAUCCGAGUUAAAAAUUUUAUUCCAUGAUAAAGGUGAAUGCAUCCUUUCACAGUUUACCGUUGGACAUGAAAAAUAUGGUUCAGUAACGUUUUACGGUCGAAUUGAUGUUGCAGGACUUAAUCUUGAUGAAAUAAUUCAAAUCAAUAGUCAUGAAGUCAUUGUUUAUUCAGAUGAUAACAAUAAACCAUCUGUUGGUGUAGAAUUAAAUCUUCCAGCUCGUAUAACAUUACUGAGUGUUUAUCCCAUUGAUCGUGGUACACGUGAAGAAAUCACUGAUAUUGCACGCCUAGAAGCAAUGAACUAUUCGGAUUAUUUACGUAAAAUCACAGAAAAAUUCGAUGGAGAAUUUCUUAAUUAUGGAAUAAACGAUGGAUCCUGGACAUUUAUGGUGAAACAUUUUACACGUUAUGGACUUGAUGAGCAUCAAAAUGACUUUCUUAUCAAUUCAAGAAUAAUAAAUUCGGAUGAAACGACUUCUUUGAUUAAUAGAUACAUGCACUUGAAUCAUCAAUCAGUAUUGACUUCAAAUUUUAUCGAAUAUGAUGGAACAAUUUAA